ACAUUACUGGCACACGGGUCAGGAGUGUGGUGAUGAAGGGGGGCGGUCGGGGAGGCCUAGUGGAGAGACUGUCUGAAAACACGUACACAUCUCGACUGGCUCUACAGCACAGGCUCUGUCUCCUCAAAAAAGUUUUGAACGCUCAGGCUCAGUAGUGCCACGCAGGAAGAGAGGCCCACCGAGUCGACUUUUUACAGCGACCUUGGAGAGAAAGGGAAAGUCAAAACAAAGACAACCGCCAUAACCAUCAGGAGAAGCUCUCAACGUCAAGAAGGAAUAGCUUAGCAACAGAGUUCCACUUCCUGAGGUGUAAAGGCUCAAGCUCCUGACACCAUGGAUAUGGACACGCAGCCACAAGGACAGCAAGCAGCUGUGCCAGUGUUCCAACCCCAGAAACCACUGCAGCCAGAUAUGGGCCACAAUUCCCUGGCUAACUUCCAGAUUGAGAAGAAGAUUGGUCGUGGGCAGUUCAGUGAGGUGUACCGGGCGAGGUACCUGCUAGACAACACAUCAGUGGCCCUGAAGAAAGUUCAAAUAUUCGACUUGAUGGAUGCCAAAGCUCGGCAAGAUUGCAUCAAAGAGAUAGAUCUCCUUAAGCAAUUGAACCACCCCAAUGUGAUAAAGUACCACGCAUCUUUUAUUGAGGACAAUGAGCUAAACAUAGUCCUGGAGUUAGCGGAUGCUGGGGACCUCUCACGAAUGAUCAAGCACUUUAAGAAGCAGAGGAGGCUUAUCCCAGAAAGAACAGUGUGGAAGUACUUUGUCCAACUCUGCAGUGCGCUCGAACAUAUGCACUCCCGAAGAGUCAUGCACAGAGAUAUCAAGCCAGCCAAUGUAUUCAUCACAGCCACAGGAGUAGUGAAACUAGGAGACUUGGGACUGGGACGAUUCUUCAGCUCCAAAACAACCGCCGCUCAUUCGCUAGUGGGUACUCCUUACUACAUGUCACCGGAGAGGAUACAUGAAAACGGAUACAACUUCAAAUCUGACAUCUGGUCGCUAGGAUGCCUGCUCUACGAGAUGGCAGCCCUGCAGAGCCCGUUCUAUGGGGAUAAGAUGAACCUUUACUCCCUUUGUAAGAAGAUAGAACAGUGUGACUACCCCCCUCUUCCCUCAGAUCACUACUCGGAGGAGCUGAGGAACUUGGUAGAUAUGUGCAUCAACCCCGACCCGGAGAAGAGGCCGGACAUCACCUAUGUGUACGACAUUGCCAAACACAUGCAGAACCUCACACAGGGCAGCUAAACCUAGACUUACACACACUACAGCUUGCGGAACUCCUCCCAACCUCCCCCUCGCUUUUCAUGCUGGACUUGUACACAUCUAUCAGCUUUUAUACAAUAACUUACUUCAAAGUUUAGCUCCUUGUGAUAAAUAGUACGUGUAACAGAUUUUUAUUUCUUAGGGGACGGUACAGUCUGUUACAUGACUGACACCCAAACCUUUUAUGCCCUCGGGUAAAGAUCAUAAAGAUUAAAACAUUUUUGUCAGAUGGACCUCCCAUUCCUUACACUUAUACUAUGUUACAGCAUUGAAAAUCAGUGUGUUGUAACUCACUGAUAUGUUUGUUGCUGUGGCUUUAAAAUGCAUGUCCUCUGUAUUUUUGUGUGGAGAACUGAAGCCAUUUUUCAGCAGCCGCUAGUAGUAGGUGUUGUUUAAAGCAGAUAUACUGGAAAACUGUAAAAUUAGCAAAAAAGAUUAUAAUUGUAGAUGUUAUCUUCUAGCCAUAAAACAGUAAAGCCACUCGCAAAUAUUGUUAAAAAUUACCUAGUAGGCUUCUGAUGUGCCUCAUGUGACCUAUGGUCAGCUAAUGGCAUAAAAAGACCAUGAAAACUUUGAAAACAAUGGUAACAUUGGAGUGAAGAGAUUUUCACUCAAUGGCAGAGACGUAACAGAGUGUUAUUGAUGGUUGAAGUGUUGUUGUGUCGCACUUUUUAUCCUGGUAUCAGAAGGCUGGCAGGGUGAUCAUGUCUUAUGAAUGUAUUAGGAAAGGAAGGAUCAUCUAGAGGUUAGACUAGAGAUGUGCUGGGGGGAGAACAUGGGCAAAUGUCUCCACAACACUUUGAAUGUAAGUCAUUUUGACACGUAUGUAUUGUCUUUGAAAAAUUCAGAAUGUCUCUUUUUUUUGACAGCCUAGAAGGAGUGGUAGAAGCAGUAACAAAAGCAGUUUUACAUCUGCUGUUUACCUUAGUCACUGACACCAAAAUAUCCCCCUUGGUUCAGUUCAAGCAAGAUGUACUGUUAUCAGAUAGUGUGCGGUUUUUUAGGGCUGUAAAAUCACAAUGAAGAUGUUAAAAAAAAGGUUAAAACACAUAGUUCUCCAUCAUGGUCCAGUGGAUCCUUUUAACCCACCUGAACGGUAGUCUGUGUAGACAAAAUUUUGUGAUUGUUGCUGUGUAAGUUUGCAGUGUAUAUGUCUUGUUCAGUAACAUAUGUUAAAGAGAUAGCAGAUCAAUACCUUGUGUACCGUCCAUGUCAUGAGUAAAUCGCAGCAUGCAUACAUAACUUGUGUUCUCAGUUGAGAAAGGUAUAUCAAAGACUUGUACUGAAAAAACCCCCCAAAGAAACAAGCACCAAUGGGAUUCAUUUUAUUUUACUGUACAUAGUGAAGAAGUUCCUUUAGUUUUAGUACUGUAGGGUUUUAGUGACUUAUUAUUAAUUUGGAGGGAGUGAGCAGUAAUAUAUAUAUAUAUAUAUAUAUAUAUAUAACAGUGAAUAGGUUUACACCAGUGUGUCACAGCUGACCAGCACUGACUACCACUGUUUUACAUAAUGACAAUGAUACCACACGGAAGGUAUAAUACGUAAACAACAAUUGAUAACGCUUUAUUUCAGUGUCUUAUGAAUUGUUUUUAAACAUUAUCAAAUAGCCUGUUAACUUUUCAGCUGAAUUAUUGUACAUGUAUGCCCAUGAUCUCCUGUUGUUGUCUUUCUUUUUUUAAUUAACAUUUAAUACUAUUAACAUGUGUUGAAUACAAAAUCAAAGCUUAUAGAUGCAAGAAAAUGUAAGUUAUUUUGUUAUGGUUAACAGAAUAUUUUGAUAGUGUGUUGCUACUAGUUAUAUAUCUGAGACGUGCAAAUACAGUGUUUGCAAUUUUUGUUUGCAAUUGUACACCUUGUCCAGAAUUUUGUUCCUCCAUAUCGCUUUUUGUUCCCAUUGCAGUAAAACCUUUUUUUAAAUUUCAAUAAUUAUCUUAAUUUUUCAUCAUCUUCAUCAUCUGUUUACCCUUUAUAUCUACGCUCUCUAAACAAGCACAUCUAUAAAGCACCAAAACCUUUCAGUAUUCUGUUGUAAUUACAGGGGAGCUAUGGCUUUAAGGCACUUUCUCUAUAUUUUAGUUUCUAUACAGAAUUCCCUGAAGAAAUUGGUCGUAUUUAAGAGCAAAAAAACAAAAAAAAUUUCUCCAGUGGUUUAGGGGAAACAGCCUCUGAGCUUUCAAAUGUUCUUAAAGCAUAUAACUAAAACACCUGAUGCUUUUGUAUUGGCUUGAAAGAUACAUUUAUGUUAAUGCCCUUUCGGUGGCGAUGUUUAAGACACACAGUGCUAAGUCACUUUAAGAAUUAUGGCUAAGUCUUGAUAGGGAGUGUUUUUGUCUUUAUGUAACAUAACAUUUCUCUACUAUUCACCAGCUUUUUACCUCGGCUCACUUACUUUUCCGCACACUCUCUGAAGGUAUCGAAGAGUCCAGGUGUUUUUCACAAAGAAAAAUAAUGACAAUUAAUAUUUAUUGUUCUGGUAGUUUGGUUGUUUUCUGAACAUUUCAUGUCAAAUUAAAGACCAUCAUCACAAAUGCCCUGUAUGCUAACUAAAUGCAAUAAAGCUUUCAAAUUCC